CUGUGGUGGCAGUAUGCACCGUUGGUUGGCUAGUAAAACAAAAUUGUGCAAGCGAGCGAGAGUACUUGAGUGUAGCGGUCGUAUGACUACGUCGAGUGAUGAAAUCAACUAAUUUCCGUAUACACGACUAAAAUUGACAAAAAUAGCGAUUUUAUUAUUUGACAAAACGUGAAAGACUAUUGUUUACAUCGCGUCCUGUGAACUUUAUUGUGAUUUUUAUUGAUAACAUCGAAGCUAAGCUCGUAUUGCAUGCUCUGUAAAACGCGCAAUUCGCGGAAAAUAUUCCCUAAAGAAAAACAUACAUGAUAAGGAGGGACGUCUCUAAAUCGAUCCCUCAUCACUCAACAUUCCUCCAUGACGCUGUGAUCCACCAAGAUGUUCAAGCUAUUAGGGAACCUUAGUGUAUACUUCAAAUAUCAGGACAUCAGAACCGACAAUGCUUUAUUCCGCCUCCACAACAUCUUCACGACAGUGCUACUCCUCACGUGCUCGAUAAUAAUAACGGCCAGCCAGUUCGUGGGGCAGCCCAUACAAUGUAUAGUAAGCGGGAUACCUGCGCAUGUGGUCAACACGUUCUGCUGGAUCACUUCCACGUUCGCGAUGCCCGAUGCUUUCGCUAGAGAGGUCGGCAAAGAAGUGGCACAUCCAGGGGUAAGGAACCCGUACGAUGGCACUUACGAGAAGAAAUACUACACGUACUACCAGUGGGUGUGCUUUGUGCUCUUCUUUCAGGCCAUAAUGUGCUACACGCCCAAGUUCCUGUGGGACUUCUUCGAAGGCGGGCUCAUGAGGACCAUAGUCAUGGGGCUGAACGUCAGCGUCUGCAAAAGCAAGGAGAAGGAGAAGAAGAAGGACCUGCUCAUUGGGUAUCUGCUGCGGUAUCAGAAGGAGCACAAGAUGUACGCACUCCGCUACUUCGGCUGCGAGCUCCUCUGCCUCAUCAACAUCCUCGUGCAGAUGUGGCUGAUGGACAGCUUCCUGGGCGGAGAGUUCUUCAACUACGGCACCAGGGUACUUGGCUACAGUGACGUGCCGCAAGAGUUGAGAUUCGAUCCAAUGAUCUACAUAUUCCCUCGCGUCACAAAAUGCACGUUCCACAAAUACGGUGCGUCGGGCAGCAUACAAACGCACGACAGCCUGUGCGUGCUGCCAUUGAACAUAGUCAAUGAAAAGACUUACGUGUUCCUGUGGUUCUGGUACGUCGCGCUCGCGACCCUGCUCUCUAUGCUGCUUGUGUACAGACUGAUAAUACUGUUCGUGCCAUCUAUCCGGCCGCGGCUCCUGCACGCUCGCUCGCGUUCGAUAGCGAUGGAAACCGCCGCCGCGGUCAGCAGACGCUCCGACGUCGGCGAUUGGUGGCUGCUGUACAUGCUGGCGAGGAACAUGGAUCCGAUCAUAUACAGGGAAUUCAUAGCGGAGUUCUCAAAACGGCUCAGUGAGAAGCCCUCCUCGCGUGCGUGACAACCAGCCACCCCCUCCGUCUCCUUCGUAGGCGUGUGACGCGCCCGUACCCGCUCUGAGUCUGGGGUACACCUUGUAUAACUUCGAGGUACACCCUGAAUAAAUGGGUACAACCUGUAUUACAUGUUUGAAGUUUAAUACACCUUGUAUAAUUGCAAGGUACGAUAUGUAUAACUUGUCCAAAGUCCCAAUGUACACCUUUUAAAUCUAGGUUUGCUGUGUUACCUACAGUAUAGAGUAAAAAUAUAAAAAAUAAAUCUGUUAAAAGGAUAGUGGACAACCGCUUCUUCCUAUAAACGAAGUCCACAUUUUCGUUCUUGGAUAUUGACAUUAUGGAAACUAUUUCUACACAAUUUAUUAUAUAUUGACCAUAGCUAUUUCUAUACAAUUUUUACCUUUGUAUAACAUAUUUUUAGUUCAAAAUAAACCAUGAAAAUGUUCGCUAAAGUUUAAGGUACUGUGUAUCUGGCUAAUAGGGUACAAACAAACUGUAUAACUUCUCCACUUUCUCCAGUUCAGGACCCUGUGUAACUUUUUGCCUAGUUUGCAAGACAUUUGAAAUCAUAGUUUGUUUUGCCGUGUUCAUUUUUAAGUAACCAGGACUUUGAAAACUAAGUAAUACUCUUAAACAUAAGGUUAGUUUUUUAAUUGUGACAGUGUCCUUUUCGACUCAAAUUAUUUAAAUUUUAUAAACUGUGACGAAGAUGCUUUCACUGUGGAAUAAAUUAAAUAUAUGAUAAACUUUUAAACCCUAUUUGCUUGAGGCCUGCAUUAUUUAAAAUAACGAGAAAUCUUAAACUUGUACUCGCAAUUAAAUCAGUAAUUUUACUUUAAUGUAGUUUUUAACAUUGUUUAUUGACAUUGUUAGUAAAAUAUCAAACUAACUAAUGAAUGUAGGCAAGUUAUUGUUUGUCCUUGUGUUUUUCAGAAAUACAAAACCCGUAUGAUGAAAACAGGUAUUUUUAUACAAUAAGCGGUAAAUUGGACUUUGGAUAGCGUUAUACCGUUCGAUUUUUGGUGCAAAUUAUAUUAACAGGCAAAACACCUGCUGCAAUUAGCAACUUUUUAGACAUUUUUAAAGUAUACAAGCUCAAUUUUAUUCCGGGAUUUUUCAUGUAGUUUUAGUUAAGAUGUUUUUUUAUAUAUAAGCCAUAGACUGCAUAAAUCUAUGACUUAUAUGGGGAAGUAAGCUGGAUUUUUACGCGACUAAGGCUUAUUUCUAGGUAUGUCUGUCUAGGUAAGCCUAGAAUAGCUAAGGGCCUGUAUGUGUGUCGAAUAAGCCCGUAGAGGGUACAAUUGCAUUGUUUUGAAUGAAAGAGGCCAAAAAUGUUAACUUUUAUUACCAUUUGACAUUACGCAUUCAUAUUUUAUGAGAAAUAGAAUCUUUAUUCCUUGAUUUUUAUACAUUUUUGGUCACUUUUAAAUGCCAUUUUUAAUUAAAAUUGGUUGUACUCUUUAUACAAAAUAUAUGGGUGUUUGUGUCACAACUGAAAAGGACUGGAAAGUUCUAUAUUCCUAUAAUUUUAUAUACACGAUAUAAUCUAUUAAUAUAUACGUUUAGUGUUGCCAGGAGUGUACAAAAUUCAUUCAAAUUUAGAUAUGUAGGUUGUUUUUAUAAUCGAUUAGUAUAAUGUUGACAGGAUUAAUAAUUAAGGCGAGUUAUACUGAAGAGAAUUAUGAUUGGUUUAAAAAGUUUUAAGUACUCUACAAUUUGGUACUAAUUAUGCAUCAGAGCGUAUUCGAUGGCCAUUUUGACAGCAGAUGACAUUCCUGUUUUUUUGUAGAAAGUUUAAGAGUAAUUAAAUCUUAGUUGUUGUUUGAUAAAGCGAAGACUAUCAAUUGUUAAAUUCCUAAGUUUGGUUGUGAUGUGAGAAACUAAGUAUAUAAAUUUGGUUGUACAA